GAACGAACGGGACGAACGGACGAACGAACGGACGGGAACGAGGACGAAUAGCAUUUGGCAGACCGCGUGCAGAUAGUACCCAGUACCAUGGCGGAUUACGAUGAAGAUAUCCCGGCUGAUGAAAAGGUCGCCAUCGCCUCGGACUUUGUGAUGAAUGCGCCUCCUGGCGAGUUUAACGAGGUUUUCAACGAUGUCCGUGUCCUGUUGAACGACGAUGCCCUUUUGAAAGAGGGUGCUGCAGAGGCUUUUGUCAACUACAACGAGGAGAGCUUCACGCCGGCGCAACUGGAUGAUGACAGCAAGGUACUCAUCACGAAGCAUGGCCGUCAGAGCGACGGACGCUACAUCGACCCCAAGACCAAGCAAGUCUUCAAGUUUGAUCACCUGCGCAAGGAAGUGUCGGAUCUGGAGGCUGCUGCGGGCGCUGGUGCCCAUGAGGAGCUCCGCGCUGCCGUCGAGACAGAGGCAGAGACCUACGUCAAGGACCACUACCACACGGGCACCACCAGUGUGUAUGAUACGGACGCCGGCAUCGUGGUGUGCGUUGAAGACCACAAGUACCAGCCCCGCAACUUUUGGAAUGGUCGGUGGCGUUCUGAGUGGACCGUGUCGCCUGAUGGCCAGGUGAUUGGCAAGCUCUACGUCCACGUGCACUACUACGAAGACGGCAACGUUCAGCUGCGCUCGUCCAAGGAAAUCACGGACACAAUCAAGGUUGAUGAUGCGACCAGCGCCGCCAAGGCACUUUUUAAGAUUGUCCUGGCUGCCGAAAACGAGUAUCAGACGGCCAUUUCUGAAAACUACAACACCAUGUCAGAGACGACCUUCAAGGCCCUGCGCCGAGCUCUGCCCAUUACGCGCAGCAAGGUGGAUUGGAACAAGAUCCUCUCGUACAAGAUUGGCAAGGAGCUCAAAAAGUGAGCUUGCCUGGAUUCGUCACUCAAGGUCAAAUGUUGGGGUGGUGUGUCCUUGGCAGUGUGUUUUGUUCAAACACAUGCCCUGCCUGCACGGCACAACGGCGGCGUUGAAUGUUGUGUGAGCCGUUGUGGCCGGCGUUUAGUGUGAUGUGAUGUGUUCUUCUGUGACCUGUGGUCGUUUUUGGCCUUUGCCAAUUUUUUUAGUGUCUUUCGAGAUAUCCUUGUGAGACAAACCUUCUUCUGGUCGUUUCAUCACAGGGGCGCCAAAAGAGGCGUUUAAAAAUUCAAACCCUCUCUUA